AUGUGGCAAAGAGUACACUUGAGAUCGAACAUAUAUAGGGCUUGUCUAGAGACAGUACCACACGCCAUGAAUUCACAAGUACUGUUUACUGAUGUAAACAACUUUGGACACAACAAGAACAAGGAAGUUGGAGUUAUUAACUGUCGCCGCUUGGGAUUCCAGAUUUUAUUAAACAAUGGCUCUUUAAGCUUUUCCGUAGAUUCCUCUACCCAAGGAGUGAUUGAUGAGUUGUGGGCAGCAAAUAUUCAGAUUGAUGAGCUGAACAAAAGGGAUGAGGAGCAAGAAACAAAGAUGGUGAUUGGUGAUGAUGGAGAGAGAGAGCAAGAACAACAGACGAUGCAGCAGGCCGAACAGGAUAUCAAGUUCACAUAUUUUAACAACACACAACUGCUCUUGAAACAAUUUGCGGGCAUCCCUCUUCCACUACCUCCACCAUCCAAGCUGGAUUUGAGGAGAAGGAUACACUGAGAGAGAUAUAGGUUUACAGGUAUUGUCGAGCUUGCUAUUAACAAAAUUUACAACUAUAUACGUGAUACAAGAGUUUAUUAGGUUUUUGUGGUCAAUCACUAAGCUUGUACUAGUCAGUUGUAGUAUAACAUUGGUUCUUAAUGUCAAUCCAAGAGAGUUUUGUUGGAA